GGUUCUUACUUUCUAUUAAACUAUUCAAAUCUUUUAUUCCCAACAGAGGUUCAUCCGGUCAACUGUUUCAUACCGAAUCUUUAGCCUAUCAGGAUACACGCGCCAGGGUGAAUGCCGUAGACCAGUGUUGUCCAAACUGGGGUCCGCGUACCCCCAGGGGUACGCAGCAUAGAUCAAAGGGGAUGCUAAGUGACGGAGCCGCUCCCAUUUGUCCGCUGCGUCCUGAAGACUUCUGCUUCUCUCGUCCCUCAGAAACGAAAAAACUUCGAGACAGGAAAAAAGUUGAUGUUCGCGAGAACUUCAGAUCUCGUUCGGCUGCUGAACACACAAACCUCGAUAACGAAGACAAAACCCAAAGCUUCCGUGUGUUCGAAGGCAGUGGCCAUGGCAAUAGUGGCAGUGACGAUGACGAAGAAAAUUACUUUACUAUGGGACGGCAGGAAAGAGACGGGAAUAGUUUUAACAAAGCUCAUGACCUGGACACAUGCAGAAUUCCGGACGAGGACGACCCGGGGAAAAUGGUGUGCAAUUUUACCAAUAUUCCGCAGAUUCCCAGUCGCCUGCCUCAAAGUCUGUACAGCCGAGUGACCCUUACUGAACUUCACGUAUAUGGAUCAAGGAAACUUCACUUCCGAACUUUGUGCUUAGAUGAGCUUCAUUUCAUUAAUUGCCGAGACGUAGAUGCGAUCGACUACCGUUCUGCUGGGACGUGCGGGAUCCCGUUGGACUCCCUGCAGCUUUCGAAUUCUCGAGUCGGCACCAUCCUGGGGAACUUCAACAAUGUUAGAGUCAACAACAGUGUAGUUGGCAACCUCGAAAUGUCUAUGGCUUCGAAAUCCAAUUACAUCUUUGUUAAUGCUUCGGACAUACGUACCUUGCAGGGGAUUACGACUGCCCUUUUAAAUUAUUUCUGGAUAUCAAAUACGCGGGUUAGAACAACUCUCCGAGGGGGGCUGACCGUAAACAAUUCCUAUUUCCGUGCCCGCCCCAGCCACAUCGAAGCAGCCAACUUCGAGUCGAUCGAACCCGGCGGCAUUCAGGUUCGAUCUGGAAGACUCUUGAUGCAAAAUUCCACCAUAGGUCACCUGAGAGAAGGAGGGGUCGAGAUCCUGGGGCCGUCAGAGGUCAGGAUGGUACACGUUAAGAUCAAGAACUCCUCCUUCGAGGGAAUCAGCCUUAGGGGCCUGAGGGCGGUGCUGUACAUGCAGAACCUCGAACUCAACGGCGUCGCUCUGACCGCGCGGUUCGUCAGCAAGUCCUCGGAACCCUUCGUUUUCUAUCCGAUGCGGCUCUUUCUUCACCAGGCGAGUCUCUUCGACGCAGCAGUUACCAAGGUGCUUUGCGCGCUUGCAUUUACUUCCGGCGUCCUUGCAGGAGCGCUGGUGACUUAUUGCUGUUGCUUGAGGAAAAAAGAGAUCACCAAAAUACAUAUCACCGAACCUCCUCAGAACAGAUCUCAAAGUGUAGAAGAUACAGCUGGAGGAGGAGGGGGGAGAGGAAGGGGCGCAGAGACAAGUGACACCGCAGCAUUUCGCAGCCCCCAAGUACUCCGGGCUGAGGUCGAACAGGAACCGAUAUAUGGGAACAGCACACAGCCGCUCUGCCAGGCCAGGAAUAGAGAGCCAUUUGCCAUAGAUAUAAAUAAAGAACCACUCUAUCAAGACACAUAUAACGAAGCCCUCUACCAAGAUACAAGCAGAGAACCAUUCUACCAGGACACAGGCAUAGAACCACUCUACCAGGAUAUAAGCACAGAACUAGGCAACCAGAGCAAAACUAAAAAACCAUUGUACCAGGACACAGGUAGAACACCUAUCUACCAGGACACAGGCAGAACACCAGUCUACCGAGACGCACCUACACCACCAAUCUACCAAGACACAGUUACAACUCCAAUCUACCGGAACGCAGGUGGGGUUGUGAAAACAUACCCUCAGACUUUAAGCGAACAGGACGAAUCAGCUAAUGAAGAACCCAUCUAUGGUAACGUUGAGCAGGAGCCGAUCUAUGGAAAUAUAGGAACAGCUACCCAUUCAGGACCUUUGGCUUGUGAAGAUGAGUACGACGAGGCGAUAUAUGCGAAUUUCACCGCGGACGAAGAAAUUUACGCAAAUGUUUAAAAGACUGGCCUUUUUAUCGGAACUGCAUAUGUUAUAAUUAUGUAUAAUUUAACUUGUAUUAUAAGUUGUAAAUAUGUGUAAAAUAAAUCAUAAGAAGAAA